GUGCAUCAAUAUUUUGACCGCAACUGUAGCCAUUUAUCGCAUGUAAAAGAAUAAGGCGCAACUGUAAGCACAAAUCAGCUGUGCGACAGCGUGUAUGUUAAUGAGUAUGUGUGUUUGUGAGAAUGAACGAAAGUGAAUGUAAGAGCACGACAGAUAAGCACAAUACAUAUGUAUAUGCAUAUUUAUAUCAAUAUAUGUAUGCAUGUGUGAGAGUCGCUUUUAGAAAAGUUGCCAGCAACGAUAAAUGAAAAAUCGAGCGUCGAACAAAACAACAAAAGGAAAGCAGCAAAUAUCACAAUCUCAAGUACGUAAAUAACUAAAUACAUGUGUUUAAAAGUAUCCAAAAAAAGGAGAAGAAGAACAAAGCGUUCAGUAAUAAUAUUCAAAUCGAGAUAUUAAAUUUCAUACGCAGUUCAAUUUUUGUCACGUGCCCAAGAGAAGUAUAAGCAAAGCAGAAUAAUAAUAAUGAUUCCAUCGUUUACCGGCAACUGGAAUCAGGUAAGGGAGAAGCGGCGUGUUCUGGUCAAAUGCGGUGGCUUCUCAAGCCAACUGGCCCGCAAUGUCACCGACCAGGUCGAUGGUGAUCCACUGUGGGGCUCCCGUUUCGAUGCCACGCAUUCGGAGGCCGUGGUGCAAACACAUUUGGACUUUUUGCGCAAAGGUGCUGACAUUAUAUUGACUAACACCUACCAAUCCAGCGUCGAGGGUUUCAUGAAGCAUUUGGACAAGACGCGGGAGGAGAGCGUGGCCUUGAUUGAGAAAAGCGUUCAUUUGGCGCGCCAGGCAAAGUCGCAGUAUCUGGGUGAAAUGGCGGCCAUCAAUGGUAACAUUGCACCCACCAUGCCCUGUAUAUUGGCCUCAAUUGGACCGUAUGCAGCACACUUACACGAUGGCUCCGAGUACAAUGGCAGCUAUACCAACCUGGUGAACUAUACGCAGCUGCAGGAGUGGCAUGUCACACGUAUCGAGAGCUGCCUGCGGGCGGGAGUCGAUGGUCUGGCCGUGGAGACGCUGCCCUGUCAACUGGAGGCCUUGGCGGUGACCGAACUCAUACUCACCAAAUAUUCAACUACCAAAUUCUGGGUGUCCUUUCAAUGCAAGGAUGAGACUAGUCUGGCACAUGGUGAACCCUUUGCCCAGGCGGCUUUGGCAGUUUGGCGCUUGGUAUCGGACCACAAGGCACAGUCACGUCUGCUGGGCAUUGGCGUCAACUGUGUGAAUCCCAGCCUUGUGACACCCCUCUUCCAAUCUCUGCUUACCAUCAUGCCCUCGGACGAGAAAAUACCCCUUGUUGUCUAUAGCAAUCGUGGAGAAGUCUAUGAUCGCGAUCGUGGCGAGUGGACGGGCAAUGGUCUAAAUGUGGUGAACUUUGUCCACGAUUGGAUUGCACUUGGGGCAUGCAUCAUCGGCGGUUGCUGCCGUGUCUACCCAGAUGAUAUACUCGAAAUUCGCAAAUGCAUUGAUAACAUUGCCCAACAGGGUCAAUCGGAAAUAUGCACGUCCCUAGUUUUAUAGAUUAUUUAUAAGAUUUGCUCUCUAAAUGAUUUUUAAGAUACUCUGCCUCAAACUUUUAGUGUACGUCAUCUGUGGGUAUAUGUUUCUGUUAGUUCAACUCAUUUCAGGUCGUUAGGGUUGAAAAUAGUUAUGUAUAUUAAAUAAUGCUAAGUUAUGCUUAUCUACAAAACUGUUCAAAA